UCACGGUAGACUGGAGCGGACUCCUUUGCGGGAAGAGAGUCAGUUGAGCGCUGAGGUGGGGGCAUAGGCGGUGGUCGCCAUGACGCCUAAGCUGAGUGCAGGAGACGCGGCUGUAGCAGCGGGCUGCGGCAGCAGCAACAACAGCAGAAGAGGCUGCUGGAAGGGUCUACCGGGAUCCGGGAGCUGUCCCUUCAGCACCACCCGCCUAGCCAGGCCUUGCCCUCAGACUCCUCCAGCCCCAGGAGAUGGGAUCUUCUAAUCUCCCGCUGCAGCCCACACCCACAGAGGCUGACUGACUGAGCGGGCAGCUCCAGCCCCCACAGAGGGAGCGGCUGUUCCUGCGGGGAGAGAGAGAGGUGGGUCUGAGGUCGGGGGUGAUUCCCCAACAGCCAAGGCCAGGGAGCAACCUGUCAACCCUGGGCACGGACAGCUGGCAGUUCUCUGAUCACCCAAGCCUGGAAGACAAGCAGGAGACAUCGCCCUGGAUCCCGCCUGCCAGACACACAAUCAUACACACACACACGAACACACACACACACACACACACACACACAGAGACACGCGCGCACACACACGAACAUCCAGUGGGCAGCAUCAGCAACAGCAGGAGCAGCAAUGCUGAGAAGGUGGUCUAGGAAGUUUCGCACUUGGAUCUUCAGAAGAUUCCCGAGACUGCAGGUGUAGCUCCCCGCCAGAGUCCCGGGUUUCCCCAAGAUGACGGGCCAGAGCCUGUCGGAUUUGUCCGAAGCCAACUUCGAGGAUAGCGAGAUCAGCGUCAACGUUGGGGGUUUCAAGAAGAAGCUGCGCUCGCACACGCUGUUGCGCUUCCCGGAGACCCGGUUGGGCCGCCUCCUGCACUGCCGCUCCAAGGAGUCCAUCCUUGAGUUGUGUGAUGACUAUGACGACGCGCAGAACGAGUUCUACUUUGACCGGAACCCGGAGCUCUUUCCCUACGUCCUACAUUUCUAUAACACAGGCAAACUACACGUGAUGGGAGAGCUCUGCGUUUUUUCCUUCAGCCAAGAGAUAGAGUACUGGGGGAUCAAUGAGUUCUUCAUCGACUCUUGCUGCAGCUACAGCUAUCACGGAAGGAAGAUGGAGCCUGAUCAAGAGAAGUGGGAUGAGCAAAGCGACCAGGAGAGCACCACCUCCUCCUUUGAUGAGAUCUUGGCCUUCUACAACGAUGCGUCCAAGUUUGAUGGGCAGCCCUUGGGCAACCUCCGAAGGCAGCUAUGGUUGGCCCUGGAUAACCCAGGCUAUUCCAUUCUGAGCAGGGUAUUCAGCAUUCUUUCCAUCAUGGUGGUACUAGGUUCCAUUGUCACCAUGUGCCUCAACAGCCUUCCUGACUUUCUGAUCCCUGACAGCCAAGGCAACCCAGAGGAAGACCCCAGAUUUGAAAUUGUGGAACACUUUGGGAUUGCCUGGUUCACCUUUGAGCUAGUGGCCAGGUUUGCUGUGGCCCCGGAGUUCUUCAAAUUUUUUAAGAAUGCACUGAACUUGAUUGAUCUUAUGUCCAUCAUCCCCUUCUACAUCACCCUGGUGGUCAAUCUGGUGGUGGAGAGCUCUCCCACCUUGGCCAAUUUAGGCAGAGUAGCUCAAGUCCUCAGGCUCAUGAGGAUUUUCCGCAUCCUAAAAUUGGCCAGACAUUCCACUGGCCUUCGGUCUCUAGGGGCAACCUUGAAAUAUAGCUAUAAAGAGGUGGGGCUCCUCUUGCUUUAUCUUUCAGUGGGCAUAUCAAUAUUCUCUGUAGUGGCAUACACCAUUGAGAAAGAAGAAAAUGAAGGUCUGGCCACAAUACCUGCUUGCUGGUGGUGGGCAACUGUGAGCAUGACAACUGUGGGCUAUGGUGAUGUUGUUCCAGGGACCACAGCUGGGAAGCUGACUGCCUCAGCUUGUAUCCUUGCUGGCAUUCUUGUGGUGGUGCUUCCAAUAACUUUGAUCUUCAAUAAAUUUUCACACUUUUAUAGGCGACAAAAGCAACUUGAAAGUGCCAUGCGCAGCUGCGAUUUUGGAGACGGAAUGAAGGAGGUUCCUUCAGUCAACCUAAGGGACUACUAUGCCCACAAAGUUAAGUCACUGAUGGCAAGUCUUACCAACAUGAGCAGGAGCUCACCAAGUGAACUAAGCUUAAAUGAUUCCCUACAUUAGCCUGAAGGUGUGGCUCCAUCAUAAUCAUCAACACCAUACUGCUGGUUGAGCUGCCUUUUGUGCUCCUGGCAUGGCUCCAGGCUCCAUAGGGUUGCAAAGUAAGGAGAAGACAGAGUCCUUCAGUACCUUACCAUUCUAAAUAGAAGGAGAUGCCUGACCAGGGUACACCCACAAUUGCUUCCACAGCAUGUAGAAUCCUUGAUAUGGGGUGGAGUGAUUAACACUAUACCAACUUUGCAUUGAGAAAAAUGCUAAACUUUGUGCCUGAUGAGUAUCCUGAAUGCCAGUUUUUCUAUACAAAUCACUCAUCAUGUAUCCAUCCCUGGUGUUCCUGGUGCAGUGCUUUCAGUUUGCACUUUUGUUUCCAAGUUACCAUGUGAGGACUGGAGAAAAAGUGUGUCUCUCCAGUGGGAGCACUUGUGAAGUCAGCAAUGAAAAACUCAGAUUCAACUCACAAGAAUGUGAAAAAAAAAUCUCAGUCAUGCAUUCACGUCUCAAUUUGCUUCAAUGCUCAAAACAGAAAAUGUGAAAUUAAGCACAUAUCACCAAUGCAACUUUCUGUUUUUCUUAGAACUUAACCUAUAGUUCUGUGGCUUGCAUGGGUGCAUAUCAUAAUACUGUUAUUUAUGCAAAUAUUACCUCCUUGGAAAUUUAAUUUACUCAGUUUACACAUGCAGUGAAAACUGAUUCUAGUUCAAGAGCAAAAGCAUUGGGAAGUUAGUGCUGGUCUAAAAUCAGGCAUGAACCUGACCCUUAGGAAGCUCUCUAGGCUUCUUGGUGUGGGAAAUAGGAGUAGUGAGUUUCUCAAUACUGGAGGAUUGCAAAUGGAGUGGGCAUGCUCUAGAGGGAUUUCUGCCUCAGGAAUGGGUUGAGCAGGAUUAUCUCUAGGAUUUCUUCCAACUCUGAGAGUUUCUUAUUCUUUAUUGGGAGUCACAUUCAUGAAGAAGGCACCCUGCUUCCCUGAAAGUCUUUCCAAUGGGGAUUUUACCUUAAGCCCAGUAUGCAUAGGCCUGGGAUGAAAAUAUUUUUUUUUCAAGCUGUAUUUCAUGUUCUAAAGAAUUCUACCAAAUUCUGCUGGGUCAUAGAAAUUAGCAACUUUUUUCACUUGUCAUUUUUAAAUGAGUAUGGAUUAGGUUAUUCUGCCUCUUUCAAUCACUAAGAGGUUUAUUUUACUAUUUAAUGAAAGUAAAUAUUUCAUAUUUGAUAUGAAAGGCAGUAGCUUGAAAACUGUCUUUUAGUAUCCUCCUCUGAAAUCUCAUUAAAAAUGAGCGCAUGUUUAUUUCUGAGCAAAAUUUACUCUAGUAAUUUUGCUUCUAGGAUACAUAAUGUUUUAUAUGAUGCUACAUUUACCUUGUAAGGGGCUUCCUUCUUUGAAAUGGGGAACUCAUGGAACAUAAGCAUGUACUCAGAACACAGAUGAUAUGUGCAUGGAGUAGAUUGCAGGGAAAUAUUAUAUAUAUUUUGAAUUAACUGUCUUCCUCCUGGGAACAAUGUAGGGUUGGGAUGGGGAAGGGAGAGAAAUGGGAAAAUUGAAAAGGAAAUGGUAUAAAAUAUCACGACUAGUCACAAACUUUUAAAAAGUUUAAUGCUGCAUUAAGUACCUUGAAACUUCUAAGCAUGUUAAAAAAAAGGUUAAAGGGAUGCAUCUAUCCUAUUUCCUUUGGUUCUCAGAAUCUCCUUCUUGCUCUUUGCUCCCUGAUUACAGGAGUCCUGAGCUAUCACAUAAAAAUGUGGGUGGAAUCUUGAGCCCCUUUGUAUAACUGCUCUGUAUCCAUCAUAGUAUACGUUGUGUAUUGUUUCCAAAUCGACUUCUAUUUUAUGUCUUUGAAAAGAUUGUAGAGGCAAGUGGCCUAAGCAUGGAGUUAGCUAGGAUUUUUGUUAAGGCUCAAAUCCUUUCUUUUUAUGUGGCUCUUACCUAAGUUACUGAAUUUUGUGCAUCUUGAUUUCCUUACUUACUAGUUGACUGUUAUCUAUUUUGAAGGCUUGACUUGUAUUGAUGGACUAGAUGGGGUCCAUACUAACCUCAUAGGGGUGCUGUGAGGAACCUUUAGUAUUUGAAAAGUAUCCACAAGAUAUUUGAGUGCUGAGUUACUGCUAUUAUUAAGAGGACUUUGGCUUGAGUGAUUCUCUGAAUGCAUUAGGCACUUCUGAUUGUAGAUGUUGGUUCAAAUCCUCUCAUCUUGAUGGAGAUCCUUAGUAGGAUACCUCCCAAUAUCUAAUGGACAGUCUCUCUCCCUCCUCCCCUUUCCCUUCCUCUCUCCCUUCCUCCUCUUCCUCCUCCUCUCUUCUGUCUUUCACACACACUCACACAAAUAUGAAAACUGAAAAGACUGAGAAGCAACAGACUGAGAAGUUCAGGGCUGUUCCACAGAUUUUUGCAGGCAAAAUACCUGACUUUCACCAAUAUUUUCAGAGAUGGAAAGCCAAAACUUUACAAAAUCACCUCCUGAUUGUUUUGGAGGCAGGUGAUGUCAGUUGAUUUAUCAGGUAUGCUCAAGAAUGUUUUCACUUGCUAAAACUGAUUUUAUUGGGUCCCAUACUGGGCAUGUUAUAAGGUGGCUAUUAAUUCCUUAAUAGAGGCUUAUUUGCAGGGAGACAGGACAGUACUCAAUUACUCUCGAUAAAAUUUUUUUCUAAACAGUAUUUCAUCAUAAAUGAUGAGGUGUUUCUGACAGUUGUAUCCAUUUUACUUAAGUCAGCUGGAAGGUUCACAAUUCAUUGUGGAAACAACUUGCAUUUAUAUGGUGCCUUUCACCUGGGGGAAAUACCAAAGUGCUUUAGAAACUGUUUUUAACCUCUCUUGUAUAUAUAGAGUCAUGUAGAAAAGGACCUUGCUCCUUCCUGAAGCAGUGGUAAAUCUAGGACUACCCAUUUAAUAGACUAAAAUAAGUCUUACAAGCGGCAGGUUCAGAGGGUAGGGAAGACUAACCUAUGUGGCUUCAACAACAGACUUCAUUUUAAAGAGUUACGUGACAAAUAAUCUAAAUUGAUCUGGGACCCAGGGAAAAAAUGUUCUUCCUCUGAAACAGCACCAUCAAAUCACUAAUGUCAAAAUGUAGUCCAGACUUGGGCUUCUCAAUUCACCUACAAAAUAGCAUUUGAGGUAGAAAUCAUCUCCUCUAGUUACUAGAGUUUGGUUACAUUUCAAACUAGAAAGGAAGAAAUUCAUUAGGACUAUUUUCUGUUUCACUUCUAUAAAGAGUGCUAGCACAAGGUGUUCCCUUUAGCCACUGGCCCUACCAAUCUGACCCACAAACCUGGUUUUUAAUUGCCUUUAAAAAUAUUUUAGCUAGAGAAAGAGCUUGAUUCCCAAGGCUAUUGAUUGAUGGGUGCUUUGUGGACAAAAAAAGGUUUUCUUUGGGAUGACAAACCUUUAAGUUGCUUGAAAGUCAGUUUUGGAGAAAAUAUAGGGGCCCAUUUAAAAAAAAUUAUUAUUACACAGUACAUGAUGGGGGCUUUAAAAGUUUUAGAUUGGGAAAAUAUCACUAUUCUGCCUGAGCAAAUUAUUUGGUUAAUGUGGAUUAUAUGGUUAUAAGUGUGAGUUUUUCUUUUAAAAAAAAUCAGCAAAAAUAAAACCCAACAAUAACAUCCCCAAGUUUCAUGGGUUUGCCACAAGGCAGAGGGAUGUUAUAAUGUCAAAUUCUAGAAGGUCUGAUGCCCAGAAGGUGGUAAUUGGUACUUAAUACUUGGAUUUAUUUCUACUUGUCUUAUUACUCAAAUAAUUUAGCCACCUGCUAAUUCUCUUCUCAUUUAAAAAAUUAUUUGUAUGCACUUGGGUUAGUGAUUAUCUGUGCUGACUGUUAUCUAUUUUGAAGGCUCAACUUGUAUUUCUUGUGUGUUUUUACCAGCAUGACCUGUUACAGAGUUGUAAUUUUAAAAAUUGAGAAUGUUGUAUUUAUGAUGUCAGUGUUAACACUCAUUUACUGAGACUUCAAGUGAACUAUUAUGUCUGAUUGCUACACUUU